AUGAUUUUAUAAUUUCUUUCCUCUGCAGCGCACAGUUAGAGUGAUCGCGAAAAAAAUUAUUUAUUAAAUCGAAGAAUGAUCGGACAAUUGUUUAAUAAUAAUUAAGACAUAACGUAAUUGUGAUAAAAUAAAUCUCAAAAGUUUCGAUUCUCGAUGUGGACACCAGUGACAUUAUACAGUGUGUCCUAUAAGUCCAGUAUCAUAAGUGAUGUAUUUUUAUUUAUUUUUUUUUAUUGAUGCUUGUAAUAUCAUCAUUUUACAUCAUUAACUUUUACUUACUUUUUAAUUGGAUAAAAUUGUCUAAUCGUCCAUACCGAAAGUAAUAAUGAAUAUUAUUGAGUAGAUUAUGCAAAUAAAGACUCGUCUCGCCCCUUUAAUUUUUUUCGUACGACGUCAGAGACUUAUCGGACAUUCCGUAGAGGUCACAGAAACAUAACCGUCUUACCGGCGGAAGUGAAUUAUUCUUUCCCUCCGAUUUUAUAGCAGAAGAUCCGUAUCGCUAACGUCGGGGGUUCGUGUCUCAGCUGCUGAAUAAUAUACGUCGUGUGGGCACACAACCCUCUCAGUAUCAUGCGCAUAGAGGUGGAGCCGAGCCUCGUCGCGGGGGUUAUUCACGAGUCGGGGGUUAUAUCGUGGUCAAUAUUUCAGUCGCGGUUCGAGCGAGUCGGGGAUCGAUACCUAGUACGCUCGCGUGAGAGAUACGGUGUAAAAUAGAAAUUAUGAAUGGCAAAAAUAGGCGCGGCGGCCAGGCGACCGCGCCGCUGAGGGGUCCCGGUCGAGGACGUUGCGAACGUCAGAAAUCGGGCGAGCGUCAGUGAAUUCUCUCUCCUCUUGGCGCUCCUUCCCUCACGCCGAAAACACGCGGGUAGCGGUUGUGUCCCCGCGACGGGACCGUCCCCGUCGAUCGGAUCUUGUUGAUGGGGGAGACCCACCGGGCAGGCAUGAAAUGCGAAGGAAUAACAGCCUCAGGAGAAGCGCGAUCAGUCCGCUGACGCAGAAGAUAAAGGCCCCCCAGCACCUGCUGAGACUCAAGGACGACGGGGAUGGCUGCGACGAUGAUGGAUGGGACGGUCGCUUUCGGCUGCCCAGUUUGCCCAGUUUGCCGCGACAUAGAUCGUGGAAGGACGAUGACGAUGAUGACGACGACGACGACGACGGUGGCGGUGGCCUGUCCAACGGCAACAGCGCGGCAACGUCUGUCUCGUGGUCGCAGGAGGUGACGAGCGUGGCGACUCAGAAACUGGAGAAGCUGUGGGCGACCGUGGAGAGGACCUUCUACGAGGAGGACAAUCAGCUGUUUCAGGAAUCUGUUUUGGACGAGUGUUUACAGUGGAGAGCGCAGAUACCGUACCUGAGAAUAGUCGGCAAGAAUCCGACUUGCGACAGUACGCAGCGCGACGUUGGCUCGAGCGACAAAAGGGCCAAGAGGGCUGACGAUCCGCCAAACGAUGGAGCAUUCGUGGAACGCGAUCUUUCAAUGAAGGAAGGGGAGGAUUCUGUGCAACACAAAGUGAACAGGGCAAAAUUCGAAGACGUUCUUGACAUGAUGAUGGAAUAUAUAAUCUCGGAGCUCUUCCCUAACGAGAGGGACGAGAAGGGUACAGAUUGUGGCCGCGACGAUCUGAGUGACGCCCUGAGAAUAGCGCCCGCUCCCGUUCACGGUAAUAGAAACUCGUCGAGGAACUCGAAAGUGAAUUGGGCAGAGGAAGCAAUCUCGCCUAAUUACAUCGAAAACAAGUCGAUAAGCAUAAGAAAUCGAUUGCUGGAUACAGAAAGCUCCCUGCAGACAAUAAAGAACGACGCUAAUCGUCAAGGAGUCCAGAAGAGAUCGAGGAAGUCAAUCUCCGCGAAUAAACUGAGGGACUUUGACGACGCGGAAGACGACGACGUCUUGCUAUCCAACGAGCGACUGUGCACGCCACAUAUUGGCAGAAAUAAGCUCGGCACUAUCUUCAACGAGAGGAUCGUCGUAAGCCCCGUGCCUUUUGCAGUGUCUACACGUGAAAGCUUCUCCACCUUAAAGACCGUCCCGAUUAAAUUCAUGAACGAGAAUUUGGAAAUCUCUUCCUGUCAAGGAUCAGCUCGAAACAUUGGCUUCCAAGGUUCCGCGAGAAAAUCGGGCGCUUUGAGAAAUCCGAAUAUUAAUUCCACCUGGCAACCUCCCGUCUCGCCUAUCGUUUGGCCGAAAAAUGUCCGACUCGCUCCCAUAGACACUUCAAGACUUCCUAGCAGCAAAAACAGAUCACUGGCACCGUCGCCUGUUUGUGUCCAGCACUGCAGCAGAAAACCAUUGAGCCCGAUUUCUCGUUCCAUGAUACCGAAAUCCGCCCACGUGACUCACCAGCGUGGCAACGAGUUUCUGGCGAUUCAAGGGAAGCACAUCGUACCCGCGCAAUCGAACAUCAGCCUGCUCUCGUCCGGCUGGGACGGCAGUCCCAGAAAGGCCAAGGGCAAAAGGAAGAAAGCCCGAGCGAAGGAGAGGCUUUGAGGGAGGAGCAGCUUAUGUAAAACGCGAUGAAAUCGAGAGCGCUUUUGAAUGCACUUGCAUGCGAGAGAUAUAUUUUUCAAGGAUAUCACGUUGUAUCCUGCGUGUAAUUGCGAGGAGGCCUAUAUAUGAGUACAAAAUGCUGCGCUUUGACGCGUUUGGCUUCGCAGCAGGAUAAGCGCUUGGAGCACGGUGAAACGCUUUAAGAACGAAGUAACAGUAUAUUUUAUUUAUAUUUAUCGCGUCAGUGUAAAAUAUUUACGGAGGAUGAUUCGCGUCGCGCGUAUAUGUAUACGCGCGACAUGACGCUUUAAUUUUACAUACCAUUGUUCCGCAGGUAACACUGUCUCUCUACCUCACGCGUCCGUGUUGUUCAAGUGUUGUUCUACACGCUUAUCGCGAGUGGAUAUAUUUUUGUAUGCCGCACAAUUAUUAUUAAAUUUAUUGUAUGUGUAUAAAUAUAUACAUGUAACGUUGUUGGUUGGGUAAAUAUAAUAUCGCAUUUCUUAUCCCGCGCUCGCAGCCCCGAAAGCCGAUUCCAUCUAAAGAAGUCCAAAAAGUAAGAAUGAAAUGUGCAGGUGUUCUGUAUCACGCAUUAUUGUGUGUCGUAAAUAUAUAUAAAAUAAGGUACUUUUCGCCCGUAACGUUUUGUGUGACGUUAAGAUUAAAAAUAUACCGCUCGGGAAUAUACAUGCAUACACGUGCAUCUGGCAAAGAGGUGAUAAAAUAACAAAGGUUACACAGGUGGAGAAUGCGUGAACCUUUGUUAAAUUAAUACCGCGUGCUCUUGUAAUAACAACGCCCUCGGGGGGAGGCACGUGGCACGGA